AUGAAACUAUUUUUCGUGUUUGCCCUUUUUAUCGCCCUUGUUUCGGCUAAACCCUCUCCGGGUCUGAAAAUCGGGCGCCGCAGUUUCCUGCACCCUGGUGCGCGCAUCAUCAACGGCAACGACGCCACCGAAGGCCAAUACCCCUACCAGAUUUCCUACCAAUGGGGAAUUCUGGGUGUUUUCGAGCACGUCUGUGGAGGUUCCAUCCUCUCCCCCACGUUCAUCCUGACCGCUGGACACUGCGUUACUGAAGUCCCUGAAAUCGGCGCCCACAAAAUCGUAGCUGGAAUAACGGAACUGAACGAGAAGAACAACGAAAGACAGGAAAUCAACGUUGUGCAAAAAAUCGUUCAUCCAAAUUUCACUGGAGGUGUAGGUCCAAACGACGUUGCGCUCCUGAAACUGGCCACACCUCUGGUGUUCGGCGAUUUGGUGAAGCCCGUGGUUUUGCCUGAAGCCGACUCUGUGCCUUCGGGAGAUUCGGUUCUGACGGGUUGGGGCUCCACUUCGACCACCGUUAUCCCAGUUUUGCCCAACCAUUUGCAAACUGUUACUAUUCCAAUCUUGGAAUAUACCGAUUGCAAAUUGGCUAUUGAUGCCCUUUUGAAUGACGGUGAAGAAAAUCCCCUUUCGGAAGUAUCGAACAUUUGCACUCAUCCUGUGGCCAAUGGCGAGGGGGCCUGUUCAGGUGACAGUGGUGGCCCAUUGGCCCAGAAUGGUACUGUUAUUGGAAUUGUUUCGUGGGGCUUCACACCAUGUGGGUCGGAAAAGGCACCCUCGGUUUACACCAGAGUCAGCAAUUUCAUCGACUUCAUCAAGGAAAACGUAAACGACUUGCCCAAAUAA